UCGUUUCCAUUUAUACUUUUUCUGUUCUCGUUUAUGCAUUAUGUGGGUGGUGGUUUUUUCAUUGGUUCUUCUUUGUGAUUCUGUGUUUUCAUUGAGCUGCUACAGAUGCAAUUCAACCGGUUAUAAUGGGAACGACUGCAUUGACCCCAUUAACAAGAAUACUUUUAGACCAGAAGAUUGUUCUAAUACAGCCGUACAGGACUCGUUUUGGGACAGGUGGAACAUCUUCUCCAGAAUAAUAGAUAAUACCACCGAUACCCAAGGGACGCAGAAGAAAGAAAUGGAAAGAUUCUUUUGGCCGAAUGCUACAAAAUUCGAUUGGAAUAGAUGGAAUAUUUUCUCGAAACUGAUUGACAACUACACUGAUGAAGUUAGUGAUACAGAUAAAGAACAAAUGGGGAAGUUUUUCUGGCCGAAUGCUCAGAAUUUUGACUGGAACAGAUGGAAAACGUUUUCCAAUUUGGUGGAAAGCUUCAACGACACUUAUGCUACUGAAGCAAGGGACAUGGAAAGGUUCUUUUGGCUCAAAAGAGGAAACUCACGUCGUUAUCAGUGUGUUACAGUGGAGAAGCUUUAUGGUAAUACAAGAACAGUUGAGAGAUACUGCAAUGUGAAGAAUAAAUUUACAAACCAUUGUACGAGAUUAUCGAAUCAAGCGGGUACAGGAAGUUAUGCUGUAACACAAUGUUUGCUUUGCGAAUAUGAUGGUUGUAACUCAUCAGUUAGUUACACUCUUUCGUUUACAUUGGGAUUUUUUGUUCUAUUCAUUUGUGCUGUUGUUUAUUAAGUUUGUUUCGCAUAUUAAUCUAUACGAAUGUAUUAGUAAUUAUUCCAUGAUGUAAAUAAAAUUGAAAAGCUUUUUUAACAAUUUUGAC